UCCUUCAAAAUAUACGCGCCUCUUUACGUGAUAGCUGCUAUUCUUAGGAGAAGGAAGAGGGAUUACUACUUAAAAAGGCUUCUCCCUGAGAUCUUACAGUCUACCUCUUUCCUCACUGCCAAUGCAGCCCUCUACAUAUUUUUCUUCUGCAUUCUCCGGUCAGUUUCAUCCUGCAGUGUGUGCUCCCUUAUCACCUGCCUAUUGCACAUUUUUCUUGUCACUCUUCCUCUGUCAAAAGCCUCACUACAUAUGGGUUUAAGGUAAAGAAAUCUAUUAAACCGGUGUGACACAAUGAGGCCGCGUGUGAAUAUCCAAUAGAUUUGUUGUAGUCCUGGAAGUUUAGCCCAUAUUCCCCUCUAUUUACAACCACAACUUGUUGAAACUUCACAGCAGAUUUAAUAAAAUGAACAAACACGCUGAAGAGACUUUCCUGACGACAACAAACAAACAACAAUUGCAGGUGACAUAUGACAAAGAAACUACUGGGAGGGUUUUAUUCAUGGUCUAUUGGGUUUGGCUCAGCACUGCCCGCCUCCUAUAUCGCCAUCCUCCUGGAACGUAAGAGCAGGAGAGGACUUCUCACAAUAUACAUGACAAACCUUGCCACUGAGACCCUGUUCCGCAUGGCAGUGACACGAGGCAUAAUCAAACCUAUCAAACAUGGGGAGGUGCUCCUGUUCUGUAUAACGGCAUCGCUCUACAUGUUCCUCUUCAGGAGUAAAGACGGUCUUAAAGGCUUUGCGUUCUCUGCAUUAAAGUUCAUCAUCGGCAAGGAAGAGAUCCCAUCUCACUCUAUUACAGCUGAGCCUGUUGGCACAAGGCCUCGAGAGGGGCAAGCCACUACAGAGUCAGGCGCUUCACAUGGAUCAGCUGCGCGGCAUGAGUCAGGGAGGAGCAGAUCUGUGUUGGCCUACACUAAGGAACUGCUGGAGUCAAUAUGCAAAAGAGGUCCAAGACACAGAUGUUGUAAACAUCAUCAGGACAACUGCAUUUCCUACUGCAUUAAAGGUUUUGUGAGGAUGUUCAGCAUUGGCUACUUGAUUCAGUGUUGCCUUAAAGUGCCCUCAGCGUUCCGGCAAGUCUUCUCGAAACCCUCGAGACUCCCUGCCCUCUUCUACAACAAAGACAACUUCCAGCUGGGGGCCUUUUUGGGCUCUUUUGUCAGCAUCUACAAGGGAACAAGCUGCUUGCUUCGCUGGUUGCGGGAUAUUGACGAUGAGCUACACGCUCUGGUUGCUGGAUCCCUCGCCGGCAUAUCCAUGUUCUUCUACAAAAGCACGUCUAUAUCCAUGUAUCUCUUCUCUAAGUUGGUGGAGACCUUAUACUUCAAGGGCAUCGAAGCAGGCCACUUCCCCUACUUUCCACACGCGGACACAGUCCUCUACUCCAUCUCCACCGCCAUCUGUUUUCAAGCUGCUGUGAUGGAGGUCCAGAAUCUUCGGCCUACCUACUGGAAGUUUCUUCUGCGUCUCACUAAGGGCAGGUUUGCUCUCAUGAACCGGCAGCUGCUGGAUGUUUUCGGCACCCAGGCCUCCAGGGACUUUCAGGGUUUUGUGCCCACACUGGACCCGCGCUACGUCACAGUACCUAGCCAAAUGACACUUCCACAAGGGGGUGACAUCCAGCUCUUAUGAUGUGGGAUGAAAUGAUGAUCUUUAGUUCAGAGAUGUUUUAUUAGGAGGUUAUCUAAACAGAGAGGUGUAAGGCCUAUGACGGCCUUCUGCUACUCUAUGAGUAACAGAAAAUAUGCAGUGACUUUCAUGCAUUUGUCAAUUCUAUCUACGUAGCCUUUUGUUCGUUUUUGCAAGGUACAGAUGAUAUCACCAGAUGACUUUACCUACCUUGUAGCAUUCCAACACAUCUUUCUUUCUCAGGUUCCCAAUAGAACUACGCUUGGUUAUUUUAGAUGUGUGUUUUGACUGUGAAACUAAUAUUUGUGGUAUGGUUACAAUAAUGUUAUAGAUCCUCAACUAUCCACAUGUCGACAACAUGUUGACGGUGUAAAACAGGUUCAGGUUUGCUGUUUUAACCAGCUGAUUCCAUUCAUUGGUUCAUUUUCAAAUGCAUUGUUUCAGUUUUAAUGGGCACAAUUUGACAGCAAAUUGUUUUAACAUCUGAACUGUGCGCCACAGAAUAUAGAAUACACCUUAAUGUCAAGGCAUUGUUGAAUGAAUAGAUAUAAUAAUCAUAGUAAUACUGAUUCCCAAAACAUUAAAAUCAACUUUUUUUUUUAACAAUUUUCUGUUAACAGUAAGACCAAACACACACUUCAACAGUGCUCACAGCACAGUGAAACGUUUGUCUCACAUGUUUACCGUCUGUGCAAAGGGUGUUAUUCAAUUUGGAAACCAUGCUUGUUGAAAGGCACUUUACAGUCAAUGUUGCAGGCAGUGCAAGGUUUUUUACAGCAACACAUUUACAGCUUAGGUUGUUUUUUUUCCUCAGUUAACAGCUUUUGCCAAAAAUCAUAAAUUUUAACAUAUCAUUUACAUUUUAUCUUCAGUGGACCAAAAUUGGUCAUGCAUGAUCAGAUUUUAUUUCUGAGCAUUUUGCAUCCAGCACUGCAAACACAAAGCUUUAGACACACAAGACCUUAGAGAAUUCACUUUCGACAGAAAUGCUUUCAAUAUAUAUGUAUUAACCAAAUCUAUGUUCCAUAUUAUUACACUAAUGUGAUUUCUUGAAAUUGUUUUUGAUUUAUGUUGGAAGUAUUAAAAUAUU